GAAAGGAUGCUUCCACCAGUGCGAGCUAAAGAGAAGGAAAACGUCUGCCCACUCGGCGCAGUUAUUUUUUUCAGUGGGUGGUAAGCCCGCGAAGAUUUUUACUGUUUUGCCUUCAGGUUUGAUGUUGUAGCUGUCAGUUAUAUAGAAAGGAAAGCCAGCAAGAUGGCAGAUGCAGACUUAUUCAUGGAGUGUGAGGAAGAGGAGUUGGAACCAUGGCAGCAAAUGAAUGAUGAUGUGGAGGAUGAAGAAGUUGGCGUUAUAGAGAAUAAGACCAAUGCAGCCCCUCUCAGUGUGAUGAGUCCCAGCGCCUCUUCUGUGGCCAUAGUGCCCCCUGUUGCCACUCCUUUGGCACUGCCCAUUGUAUCAACACCCUUGGUUGUCUCCAGUGCAACCGUCGCCAGUGAUGGCAAGAAGUCCAUGGUUUCCCUGUUCACCAAUGCCACAUCGCCAGUUUCCUCUGUGCUGCCUCCCUCGGUGGCACCUCAAGGCAUCUCACACUCCAUGCCCUCGCUGGUGCCCCCAGGGCUGCCCAAGCCCGGCCCUGGCCAGCAGCUGAUCCUGACACAAAGCCCUGGGGGCCUCAGCACUGUGGCUAUGUCACAGGUGCUACAGCCUAUGCAGAUGAUGCCCACUGCUGCACCCGGCCCCGGUGCUGCCAACAACCAGCCCAUAUUCUUCACCACACAGGGGUUCCCGGUACGAAACGUGAGGCCUGUUCAGAACCCAGUCAACCCACUAGGGAUCGUGCUGAAUGUGCAGCAGGGGCAGACGGUGCGGCCCAUCACCCUAGUGUCAGGAUGCUACUGUUACGGUCAUGACUCGUUACUUUCCGGAUGGAGUUCCCGGGACAACGUACCCGGUUGUCCCUCCCAUACGGCGGCGCUGCUGGCAGCCCCGGGCGCUCAGUUCUUCAAGCCGGCGGUGGGGGUGCCCCAGGUGAUGCCCCAGGUGGUGCCCCAGCCCAUGCGCCCUGCCAACCAGGUGGCGGCGCGCCCGCCGACCAGCUCCUACACGACGGUACAGAUCCCGGCCACCCUCACCAUCCGCAGCACCGCCCCGCUGACCCAGCCCCUCACCACCAUGGCGGCCACCGCAGGCACUCAGCCCCUCCAGUCGCCUGGGCCCCCCCCCAACCCGCCCACCAAGCUCGUGAACGUGUGUAACCUGGUGACUGUUAAGCAUGGAGACAACAAUCCGGACGUGCAGAAGCUGAUGAACAUGGUCAACACGGUCGGCCCACCCGCAGUGGCGCAGCCGCAGGCCCUGCAGGUUGUUAUGGCCAACAACAACGGUCCCACAAACGGACUGAACUCUGCCCCCGCCUCAGUGCCUCCCUCCUCGCCCCUCGACAGCAUUAAAGUGGGUCCUGCCACAUCCGUACCUUCCACCCAUGCCUGCCCACGCUGUGGAGCCCAGUUCAGAAUGUUGGAGGCUCUUCGGGGACAUAUGUGUUUCUGCUGUCCAGAGCUGAGUCUGAAGUCAUCGGAAGGCCCAAAGCCCGUGACCACCAACAGUGCCCCCGUCCCGCGGCCCGCCGUGACCCCGCCCACGCCACCCAAGCCGCUGCCGACGCUGACCUCCACGGGCCCGUCUCCUCAGCUGGCGGACCGAAUCCCCAGCGCUGCCCUGGACUCCCAGGGCAAGCUGAUCAUGCUGGUGGACGACUUCUACUACGGCACGUGUGAAGGCGUCCGCGGCCGGGGCUCCACGGAAGUGCGCGAGCACGGGCUCUUCAAAUGCCUCAGCUGCGCCAAGAGGCUCAAGAACAACAUCAGGCUGAUGAAUCACAUGAAGCACCACGUGGAGCUGGAUCAGCAGAAUGGGGAGGUGGACACCCACACCAACUGCCAGCACUGCUACCGCCAGUUUCCAACACCGUUCCAGCUGCAGUGCCAUCUGGAGAGCGUGCACAGCCACUACGAGUCGACCACCAAGUGCAAGAUCUGUGAGUGGGCGUUUGAGAGUGAGCCAGUGUUCCUGCAGCACAUGAAGAACACCCACAAACCAGGAGAGAUGCCAUACGUCUGCCAGGUGUGUGAGUACAGGUCCUCCUUUUACGCGGAUGUGUACAACCACUUCCGCGCCUGGCAUGAGGACACCAGGAAUCUGCUCUGCCAUUACUGCCUCAAAGUCUUCAAAAACAGCAAUGCCUACCAGCAGCACUACAUCCGCCACCAGAAGAAGACGGUGUACCACUGCAAUAAGUGCCGUCUUCAGUUCCUCUUCACCAAGGACAAGAUCGAUCACAAGAUGUACCACCACAAGACCUUCCGCAAACCCAAGCAGCUAGAGGGGCUUAUGCCAGGGACCAAAGUAACCAUCCGGGCAUAUGCAGCGCAGAACAAGGCUACCAGGCUGCCCCCUGUGGCCCCGCCUGUGGUCUCCCCUGGAGUUCUGCCUGCUCCCACUGGAAGAGACACCCCCUCUCCACAUGUGGGCAGAGUUGUCCCCAAGUCUGUGCAGACCCCCAGCCACGCUCAGAACAAACUACAAAUCACUACCAAGAAGAGAUCUGUCAGUAAAAUGCUGGAGCUGCUGACCAAGUUCCAGGAACAACGGGCAACACUAGGAAAACAGUUGUGUCUGGAGUGCAACUUUGAAGUCCCCGACUUCCCCAACCAUUACCCCACCUACGUUCAUUGCUCCCUGUGCCACUACGGCACCUGCUGCUCCCGCGCCUACGCCAACCACAUGAUCAUUAAUCAUGUACCUCGCAGCAGCCACAGAUACCUGACCAUGUACAAGAAACUAACACCGAGUGGGGUGAAGUUGGCCUGCGCGUCCUGCAAGUUCGUCAGUGGGAUGGGAGAUGAAAUGGCCAAGCACCUUGUCCAGAACCCCAGCCAUAGCUACAGUCUUUGCACCCGGAUAGAACAGCUGGAGUCAGAUUUUGAAAACUCCGAUGUUGAGGAGGAGGAACCGGGAGGGGAAGGAGGGAGUGAAGUUGAAGUUUUGGGGAAGCCACACUGUGGGGCCAUGAACUGCUCUGAGAAACAACUGAAGAGCCUCACUGUGCCAGAUUUUACAGACGUGUCUGGACCAUACCACUCCCUGAGUAAGACAAGUGAUGCCAUCGACUACUUCCACUUGCUCUUCCCAACCUCACUCCUGGAAGUAAUCGCUGAGGAGACCAAUGCCUAUGCCAUGUCUCGCCAAGUUUUGGGUCAGGGCGACCCAGGAUGGAGGCCUGUCACGGUUGCAGAGAUCCAAGGUUUCAUGGGCCUCAGUGUCCUGAUGGGUCUGCAGAACCUCCCGGAGCCUGAAAUGUACUGGUCCUGGCAGCACUGUGAGAGCUGCCUCACCUUCCUCAAGACAAUGCCAGCUAAACGCUUCCACCAGAUCUGUGUACACAUUCGGGCCUGCAGGGAGAAUGCGGAUUGGUCAGACAACCCCUCUGAUAGACUGCGUAUGAUUCAGCCCUUGCUCGAGGUGUUGGAGGACACUAUAUGGGAGACCUAUCUUCCCAACAAGUGUCUGACCAUCGACCAAGCUCUCCUGACCAACUUGGAGGUUGAGUGCAGUGAGGAGAAGCAAAGCAAAGGUCAGAUGCGGGUGUGGCUGCUGUGUGACUCCAAAUCAGGGUAUUGCCACCGCAUGCUAAUUGAGACCCAACAGGAUGAGCAGAAGGAUGGGGAUCCAGGCUCCAGGGUGGUACUAUCCCUUUUGAAUGGUCUUCAGGGCAAGAACCACCAAAUCUUUCUGGCCAGCUCCCUAAUAUCUUUCCCCCUCAUGCAGAAGCUGCUGGACCAGGAUAUCUAUAGCUGUAGCUCCUUCCCUCCACACUCUCCUAUGGUUCCCAAGGAGUUCUGGGAGCAAGGCCAGCUGAGCCAUUCUGGGGACUUCUUUCAGCAGGUGUUUGGCCCUGUACUGGUCACACGAUGGCAGGAUAGCAAGGAAAUGUGCUGCGUGUCGACUAAUUCUGAGCCAGGGCUAACCGACACUGUGUGGAGGAAGUCUCAGAGCAAAGCUGGUGAGCUUUGCCCCAUCCAGCGACCCAAGGCCUUCCGGCUGCUCCAAGAAAAUAUGCGGGGUGUGGACAUCUGCAACCAGCUGCAGGCCAGCAACCCUCUGGGUGGGCUGAUUCGGGACACGUGGUGGCGCUGCCUUUUCUGGUAUUUGCUCAACUUGUGCAUAGCGAACUCGUUCAUCUUGCUUCGUGAGAGCCGCAAAGACAGCCCUCCCCUGUGGGUUCAGGGCGGUCGCUUCUCCCAGGCCAAGUUUCGCAAGCGCCUAGGCCACCAGCUAGCCAAAUGCACUCAGAGAGGAGUUCGCAGGCAAUUGGCAGAAGAGCAGGGAGUUGCACCCAAAGGAGGGAAAGGAGGAGAAGUGAGGCACAGGCUGGAUAAAAUCACAGCCAAGACCAAGCGAUGCAAGAACUGCAGCGUGAAGAAUCUGCGACACGAGAGCGUGUUCGGCUGCAUUGCGUGCAGGGUCAACCUAUGCAAGGGCAGCCGCUGCUUCUGGGAGUACCAUGGCCUCUCGCCCCACAACAGAGUUCCCCCAAGAAUUGGAUUCACUAUGAAGAGGCAGGUCCUGUCACCAAUCAAAAACAGUCGCAGCCAGCCCUCUUAUCCACUCCCUGUCCGUAAGCCCACCUUGGCUUCUUCAUCAAAAUGGGCACCUGAGGACCCUGUCGAAGUACUAGACCAGGAAAUGGCUCCUGUUGAAGACAUAGACACAGACACCGAAGAAGAACAAGAUGAAUGCCCUGGGGUCGAACAGGAAGUACAGGGAACAGAUAUCGAAAAAGAGACGACGUCUGCAGCAGAUAACAAACUUGUGGCUGAUGGUCUAGGGGGAGUGAAGGAGCGGGAGGAAACGCUGUCUGUGCGCCAGCUGAGGAUCGUGCUGUUUGCGCUGUGCUGUGGCAUCGCCCAGGCUGCUGAGCACUUCAGCACACAGACUCAACUGAUCCACACCUGGCUGCAGGAGAAGGAGCGACAGCUGGACCGGGAUCGACGCGGCGGUGGCGGGGAAGCCGUGGACCGCCUAGUGGAGUGGGUGCUCGCCCAGCGAGAGCAGCAGCUGCCGGUCAAUGAGAAGAACCUCUUCCAGAAGGCCUCGGAAAUCCACAGCCACGCCAACCAGGGCAGCUCCUUCCGCAUCUCCUAUGAGUGGGCAGUGGGAUUCAUGCUGCAGCACGACCUGGGCCUGCAGACAACGGGCACAGUGAGCCGGCGCCUGCCUCGGAACACAGAGGAGAGCGCUCGGUCUUUCACAGAGUUUGUCCACAAGCAGAUCCAGGCUCACAACUUCUCCCUCUCUGUCAUCGGUGCCUUGGACGAGCUCUCCAUCUUCGUGGACCUGGAUCUGCUGGCCGACCCUGCUACGGUGGGCAAAGAGCCUGCGUUCCAGCUGGUGGGCACUGGAGAGUCUCUAAUCGACAUCUUUUUAGCCACGCUGGCUGACGGCACCCUUCUCCCAACCAUGGUCUUCUUCAAGGGCCAGCACCCAGGGAGGCUGCGAGCCGGAGUCCCCAGCUCCAUCCUGCUGGAGGCGAAGGUGGAGGGCUUCACUGAGGAGGAGGAGAUGGAUCUGUGGACAUCACAGGUGUGGCAGAAGCAUAUGAAAGCCCAAGGUGGGGGCAAGGGCAUGCUAAUAAUGGACUCCUUCCGCAGCCACAUGACAGACGACUCUCUGGCCACCCUCAGUGCUGCCAGCACCCUGCCAACGAUUGUCCCAGCUGGCUGCACCUGCCGCCUGCAGCCACUGGAGAUGUGCUUGCGGCCCGUGCUGCAGAGAUUCCUGCUGACACGCUGGACCAAACUGGCAGCACAGGGUGGGGCAGCAGGGGCCAGUCCCAAAGAACUAGUUCAGCUGCUGGUGGCAUGGCUGGUGGAGGCUUUGGCACUUCUAUCUGAACAGCCAGAGCUGUUGCAGCGCUCUUUCCAUGUGGCCAGUGUGCUGUUAGGAACAGAAAGCCACAGUACCCAAGCAGAGGCCCAGAAGGAGCUAGUGAACAGGCUCUCUGAGAUCUUGCUCGGACCUGAUGUAGCAGAACUAGUACCACCAGCAGAGGAGAGUAUGGUUACAACAAAAGAAGAUUCAGAGAAACAGGUCAACUCAGUUGAUGAGAAAAGGACACUUGAAGAAAAGGUGGAGGCAAAGGAGAAGAAGAAGGAAAACAAUACAGAGGUAAAGGAGGCUGAGAAGCAGAUAAAUGUCCAAGAAGUGGAGACAAUGAACGUCCUGGAUACAUCACAACAGGGUACGGCCAUUUUUCCUCCUGAAACUCUGCUCUCCCUUUCUAAACCUCAACCUCUGCUCCAAAUUUUUGAUAAAGACAGCGAUGCCGAGUCCUUUCAUGGCUUUGAUGACACUGAGAUUGAUACAGAGCUAAAUCCAUAGUUGUCUGCCGGCACAAACUCAACAACAACCUGCCGGGGUACCUUGCUGAGACUAAUAGAAAGGGUAACUACAGUAUUUGUUUGCAUUUCGGUGGUCCUAAUUUUUUCUUCUGUCGCCAGGGAUGGUAUGACGCAGCCUUCUUGGAGCAGCCUCUCAUCGCUUUUCGUGUUUUGCCUCCCGCCCCAUCCCCCCAAGUGGCUGGGCCCUGUGGAUCAGAGCUUCUCAUUACAAACAGAGUACCCUCUUUCAAGUCAUGGAGGCCAGGACUGCCGCUUGCAAGGUUUUUGUUGGGAGUUCUUUGGUGGCCAGAUUUUUGGUGGUUUUUGACUGAGAACAUUGUGUGGAAUCCAGGGGCAUGCGCCUACAGUGAGCUUGUGUAUGAGGACAAUGUUAUGAAGAGGCAUUGAAGAUUUAGUGCAGGUUCUUUGAGAUUCUGCUGUGUACAUUCAUAAAAUAAUAAAUGCAUGAUAUGUUUCUUACAAUGCCUUUUUGGUAGCUGGUAUACUGAACCCUUUGUAAACAGUAUUGACCACUGUUCAGUGGUCACAUUAUACUGAUAUUGGUGCUGUUUUAUUUGGUGAUUGUGUCACACUGUUAACCUUUGGCCCCUGUGAUCUGUACGGUGUCAGUGAUCCUACAUUUGCCUGAGCCUUGUCUCGCAACCUACAUUUUAUGAAUUUCUAUUGUAGUACAUUAUUACAAUAAUUGGGAGCUUGAUGAACCAAGAAAUUGAUUGGCAUAAUCAGUUCUUAUUGAAUGAAGUCACAUGUUGCACAUUUAUUUUUCAGACAGUCAAGUUGCUGCAACUGCCAUCAUUCUGGGCUGAGAACUUAAGACAUACUGAUGACAUGGCAGCUCAUGAAAUGUUGUUAACUUCUGUAUCCAACUUAAGAAACAAAGAACAUAACUAAUCUUAAACUGGAAAAAAUAAAAUAUUUACCUGCCAGUCCAUGUCAAUGAAAGAUAACAUUAGGUUCAUUAGUUAGAGUUAUUAGGUUAUUAGGUAGAUUCCUUUUUUCUCAGUAUCGCUAAAAAAUGAAUAAACCCUAGAAAUAAAGAACUAUCAGUCAUCCUUGAAUGAAGAAUGUUUGGGGGUCCUGAUCAUUAUAUUUUGUGAUGACUGCAAGUGUUCUGAGGUGUCCUCCAUCAACCCAUAUGUGAUGAAUUUCCUGUAACAGCCCUACAGCCUAUGGCCUAAAGCAGAGAAAACAGGUGGGGUGUGUAACUCUUGCUUUUACAAGUAAUGCCUGUACACCAGACUGAGACUAAGGUUGUAGUAUUUUAAUUUGAUCCUAACUUGUGGAAUUUGAAGGAAGAUGGAUUACCGUCCGGUAAUAAUCAAAACCCUUUAUUGAUGAGUAGUCGCACUACAUAUACCAUAAAUGUAGAUAUCCUGUUUGUAGUAUUUCUACUUCUAUGAUGAAUGCAAUCUAGGUAGUCACACGGGAGCUGUUAAUCAUUUAUUAUUCACUGCUGUGCUGGAUUGGUUUGUUAUACUGGACUAAUUAACAACUGAGGUGUAGGGUCAUACACCUUGGCCUUUUGGGACCAGUGUUAUUUAGACCUGCUUCUUAAAAAUAAAAAUAAAAAACAGUUCUUCAAUCAUUUAGAGAGCAUCUAAAUUUAAUUACUUGUGAUCUAAGCUGGAGAUGAUGAGCUUCAGUCCAAAAGAAAAAGGUUUUUGUCAAAAAUUGUGGAAAAGAAAGCUUUUCAUUUAUCCUGGGGUUUUGCUAAUUUAUAAAAACACUGGCAUAAUUUUGAAUUUUAUUCUCAUUGAUUGUCUGAAAUAUGGUUAGUAUAUUAAAAUAUUGUAGUGAUAGACUGAAGAGUUGUAAACUGACACUGCACUGAAAGUUGCCAACUCUGAAAUCCAAUACAGUGCCCUUUAAAAUGAUUCAAACUCUUGAUCAAGAUGAGCCAAAAAGGCAGUAUAAAUCACAGAAAAUUCAUUUUAAAUAAAAUUGCUCCUAGAAAGUACUUCUAACAAGUCCUAAUUUUAUUUCCCAGAAACAUGGAUGCUAUUGACACUGCUGUUUUUUCAAUUUCACUUUCCAUUCACAAGGAUAACACAACAACGUUUUCUUCUAUAGUGUUUUUUGAGCUUGGUGUUUGGGAUCUCUGACCAUUCCUACUACUAACAAAAUAUUUCGAAAUCUGUACGUAGGAAUGGUCUCAUCUGUAGACUGAGAUGGCCAUUGCAAAAUAGUAACUUUGUGGUCAGUUAAUCAUUUUUUUUGUUGAUUUUUAGGUAAACUUGUGAUCAUUGUCUUGCCAAAAGAUCCAUUUACAGCCACGUUGGAGUUCUCUGGGAAGGAUACCAAGUUUAUGGCCAAAAUAUCUUGGUAUUUGUGGGAGUUUCAUGGUUCCAUUGACCUUAACAAGAGUCCCAGGAUCAAUAGGUGUAAAACAAUCACAUCAAAGAUCCACCACUAUAUUUAACCAUAGGUAUAGGUAUCUUUUUAAAGUGAGCAUGCUCCUUCAGAUGCCAAACCUACCCCUGGUGUGCAUGGUCAGAAUGCAGAAUUUGGCUCAGUUUUGGUUUCAUCUGGCCUGGGCACCUAGUUCCAAUCAAAGUUCAGCAAUUGUAUUGAUAUAUCACAAGAUCAUAUUCCUGUCAUUUUUGCAGUAUACAGUGUAGGCCAUUGGACAUGUACAUUCUUACUUGUAUUUAGCCUUCUUUACUCAUUUUUAUCAAGGGUUCGAAUUAUCAUGGAAGGCACUUGUGCUGUUCACUUACUGAACCACCCCCUGACAGAAACCGAACUAAAACUUAUUUUCAGUAUCUUGACUGCAUGUUUAUUGUAGAGCAGUCUCUUUAGAUCAAGGUGAAUUGUCUAUUUAAACCUUCGUAGUUUACGAAAGUUCUAUUGGACAAAUCUUUCAGCAUUAUAAACGGUGAAGUUUUAUUCAGAGGAAGGCUUUGUAUGCAUACAGUGGUGCGCAUUUCAUGGUUUUAUGCUGCUUUAAGGACUUCUUAUCCCUGAUGUGCCAAAAAUUAACUGCCAUUUUAAAGAAUGUUUCAUUAAUUUUGGGGGCUGUUGCCACAAAUGUACUGCACUGGUGAUGCACUGUUCUGAAAAAUGGAGGAUGGGAGUUGGGGAACAUUUGAACAUUUUUGUAAGUGAGAUAUAACUCUUCACCGAACAAAAUAAAUACCAUCAGUCUCCCAUGUAGUUUAACUUGACCACAAUCCCCCCCCCCCUUUGUUAUCCAUUGACCCAUUCUUAAUGGUUUGGAUGUACAGCAAUUUUUUUCUUCAGUUUGAAGGCUGUUUUCUACCUUGUGUGUCUCUUCAGCUUGUUCUCAAAAAAAUUUUUUAAAGUGAAGUGUCUGCCUGAAUGUUUUCUGAAAUAAAGAAGUGAGAAAAAUG